UAUAUUUGAUUUGAUUUUGAAUUACAAUAUUAUUAGAUUAUUGUGACUUGUUAGCACUUAGUUUAUUAAAUGACUGCCAUUCACCCGGCAAGCUUCGACUCUACCUCACCUGCUCCCCCUUUGGCGUAUGUUUCGUUUGCUCUGGCCAGUCUUUCAUAUGCCUGCGUGCUCGUCGGCCGUUGAAAUCGAGAUGCUAUGUAAUUUCGGUCCCGGGUACGGUUAUUUGUGAACGUAAACAGACGUAAUUGAAGCAGUUCAUUUCAACAAUUAUCUCACUAAUCGCAAAGUUAUGCGUUUUAAGAAUCCGUUGCAACAGCGUGGCUCUUACGAUUGACGAUAAAAGGGAUACACAAAUUUUCCAUUGUAAAAACUAAUUUGUUAAUAUCUUUAAAAACCACGGACUAAGUAAAAUUUGUAUUAUGAAACAUUUCUUACAUAUCUCUUUAUCGAUUCUUUUUAUUACUGCUAUAUCGAUGUAUUGUACCCUUAACUAUCAAAAUAGAAAAAGAGGAGAGAUGGUGGCGCUGUGUUCGCAGUGUUAAUGGAAAAGGAUAAACGAUUCGAAACACGAAUCUUGAGGCAGCACAUUUUUACAUGAGAUGGCGUGAUUCUAUUCUCUUGAAAUCUGCGAUAUCCACAAAAUGGCCAAGCAAAUGUCGUUUUAUUCCACUCUGACGACAGAAGAAAAGAGUAGAAUGCAACCGUGUAUGAAAGCUAGGUGUGUCAUCAUGUCCAGUGAUUCACCCUCGCCGCUGCAGACCUCUAUACCUCUGGUAGACUACGACAUACCAGAUGAAGCGCGUCCUGGUAAAAUCACACCGACCACACCUACUACUCCGGUGACGAGUAAAUUAUUGAAUACCGAUACCGAUACUGAGACGAUUGAGAAUGCAGUACCAAUCGCACAGACAGUGCUGCCGGUCCCCGAACCACAGCCAAAAAUCGAGAGGAAUGGAAUUGACUCGGAAGCAACCAAACCAGUCACUCAACCUGAAAACGACUCCUGCGUUGUAGAUUGUAUAUACUUCACGCAGCAGUGCUGCGAGUGUGUAAUACUUUAACAGCCAGAAUUCUCCGAGUGUCAAAUAAUCAUUUAUAUUUGUUGCAUGAAUUCACAUGAUUGUGAAAAGAAUUUGAAUUAUAUUGAAUCAUGUUUCCAUGGAAUUAUAUACGUUAUAAAAAUUUAGAUGGAAAUCUAAAUAUCGAGU